ACCCCGGUCCUCAGUCGACUCAGGUGACUGGCCCGAUUUCUCUGAGAGAUUGAUUGAAUCAGACAGGUAGCCCGACAGGGCUGUGCAACGCCAUGUCUGGGCAUCUAUCAUCCGACCAUACUCGCUCCCUCUCGCAGUCUUCGCGACCCUCGUCCCAACAAGUCGAUCCGAUGCAUCAUCGCUCAAUGUCUGCUCGCUCUUCCAACCCCAAUGUCUUUUCCGACGAGUAUUCUUUAGAACCCAUCGAUCCCGAAUACAACACUUUCAUUCCUCGCAGUCCGUCUAUCUCUUCUAUUGCCUCCUCCAACACCCUCCGUGGGUCGGUACCCCAACAGCAGCAGCAGCAGCAGCAGCCCAAAGCCUACAACACCAUUCCCCCCACUGACGCCGAGUUGAACGAGGACCCCUUCGGCGAUGAAGCUCGAGUCUCCUUCGAUGAGACUCCCCACCGAUCCAGUCUCCCUCCGAAGGGGCUGGAUUUAACGCAUCGCAACUCGGUCGCGUCCACCGCUCCUUCCAUCACCGGUCGCAGCCAAAGUGCUUCUUCGCGUUUCUCCAUGCCCGUCCGGGCAAUGAGCCCCUACACCGGAGCAACCGGUCCCAGCCAUCCGUAUGCGAUGUACCCGCAGGUCGGCGUUAGUCGCUCUCCCAGUGUGGCCACGACGUCGACGUUACGGCCGAUGGACCGACCGUUGGAGGAUACGAGUGCACCACAGCAUCCAUAUGCCAUGUACUCGCAGAAUGUGGUGGCUGAGGAGGACGGGAUCGACAAUUCGAUGGUGCCUCUUGGCUUCCCCGGACACAACCAGCAAGCCUACCAGCGACCGCCUAACCGGGCGGAUGACGACAUUGGCGACCUGAUCGGACCGGACGGCCACACCGAACAGCUUCCACCUUACUCUCGUUAUCCCGAAAAUGCUGUCCCUAAAGUGGAAGGCACAUUUGCGACCGUCAAUGAUGCUGGCAUCAUGCAGGACGAAACCGUUCACCAUGAGCGUGCUGGACCACCAAUGUCGGAGGUUUCCUCGAAUACACUAGUGGUGGAGGAUACGCCAAGUAGAGAAGGUAACCGAGGGGUGGAAGAGCCCCCAGUCACUGGGGUAAUGGCAUUCGAAGAGAAAUUGAAGAGCAAAGGCAAAAAAAAGGCCUGUUGUGGCCUCCCGGUCUGGACGCUUGUUUUGGUGGGGGUGGUGAUGCUUGUGGGAGGAUGCAUUGGGGGUAUCAUUGGCGGCGUCUUAGGGGCCAGAAAGGCGGCCGAGCAAGAACACACCUCGCCAAGCCGUCCGCAUAUCGUGACGGUGACAGAGACUCCCAGGAUGGACGCAACUCCGGUUACGGCUACGCCCACCAAUCUGCUUACUCUUCCCACUGGGCAAUACGCAAUUCCUGCCUCUCCUAAGAAUCAGUCGAAAUUCUGUGUGGCCGACUCGGAUUACCGGGUGUCGUGGGGUUGCCUCAAUUCGGGAAAGAUCCCCGUGGUGGUUGGGGGUACGGACGAGCAGCGCAACAUUACGUUUGAAGACUCGUACGACUCGGCCUAUACUUCAUCGCUUACUUACGGCGCCCAGCAACCCGUCUUUUCUAACCCCACUCAAAAUCUGACCAUGAUGAUGGACUCCAAUGAUCUUAGUUUUGGUCCUGCUUUGACCUUCAUGACGUUCUACGACAAGCUUGUCAUUGUGCCGCAGGACAGCUUCCCGUCAAGCUCUUCCUCUAAACGGGACUAUGUUACGGAGGACGAAGUCGUGGCGAGCAUGCUGAGCCGCAAGGACACUGCGCAGGCCGGGGAUAAGCCAUGGUUCUGUUGGUGGAACAGUACGGUGAUAGAGUUCUUCUUGUACAUCAACGAGACGACCAAGGAGUACCAGUAUAGCAGCAGCGCAAUUGUGACGACGACGACCUCGUAUGCUGCGCAAGCCACACAAGGGAGCUCGAAUUCUUACUCCCGGGCUAAGAGAGACUCUAGCAUACCGGACUACCCCCGUCGAAUCAAGAUGGAGGAGAAGCGCGACAACCCGUCGGCCGCGAAUCCAUACUGCCAGCAGAUGCAGGUUCUUGAUGAUGGACAAGUGGGCCCGAUAUCCCAAGAGACGGUCCAGAUCAAGGUGGUUCAACCCACGCCGACGACGACGAUUGAAGCCGCCACCGGGACGUCGCAGACAUAUACGGCCAAGGCCGAGUAUGAGAGUGUUUGCUACUGCGUCUCUCUGACUGACUGAAGCGAGAUGAAGAUGAACGAGAGCGACUUUUUUCAACGUGGCCUUGCGACCGCGGCGUCGGCGUUAACCCCGGUGGUGGGAACAAUUUCUUUCUCGACUCA